AUGCCCUCCCGUGACGUGUUCGCAUCCCGGUCGCACAGAGGGCGAUCUCCUCUCUCCCCCCCUGUCUGUCUCCCGAGCAGUCGCAGUCGGCCGGCCGUUGCGGAGAGGACACGCCGCCCCCGUGUGCGCAGGCUCACUAGCGCGGCGGCGAGGGCGGCGAGGACGGCGAGGACAGCGACGAGGACGGACGGCGACGGCACCAUGUCGGACAGCGAAGAGAGCUCCGGGGAUGACUGGCCCGUGACGGGGGCGUGGCUGGAGGACAUGCUGGCCACGUACCACGCGCGCGCGGCGGGCCAGCCGCCCCAGGAGCCGGAGCGCCCCGGCGCCAGCGCGCCCGUGCGCGUGCGGGAGUUCACCGUGCGCCCGGGAUGCGACGCGGGCGAGAGCGUGCUCUCCGACAUCCUCGCCGUGUCCGUGUCCUACUCGCUGCUGGAGGGCGGCGGGGGCGGAGGCGGAGAGGAGCAGGAAGCGCGCCACCUCGACCUCAUCAUGAAGCUCCUGCCCCACGACCCCUUCAGCCGCUACUUCGUUACCGAGGCGCAGUUCGACCUCCGCGAGAUCAAGUUUUACACUCAGGUGGUGCCGGAGCUGGAGGCGUUCCAGCGGCGGCAGCUGGCGGCGGGGGCGGCGCCGCUGCCGCUGCCCAUCCCGCGCUGCUUCCACGCGCGCUACGCGGCGGGCGGCUGCGUCCCGGAGGGCGACGGCGAGGGCGGCGGGGGCGACGGCGACGCCAGCCCCACGCCCUGCGAGUCCGUGCUGGUGCUGGAGAACCUCAAGACGCGCGGCUUCCGCGGCGCUGACUUCUCGCGGGGGCUCAGCCUGCGCCAGGCGGCCGCGGCGCUCGACGCCGUCGCGCGCCUGCACGCGCUCUCGCUCGCGCUCAAGGUGAAGGAGGGGCAGCCGCUGGCGGAGCGGUACCCGUUCCUCUUCCAGACGGCGCGCGCCACGGACUCGUACCAGCAGCUGGUGGAGCGCGGGCUGCCGCAGCUGGCGCGCUUCCUGGAGCGGCGGCCGGGCAUGGAGCAG